CUGUGUUGACGCGGCGAUGCUCUUGCGUGUCGAAGCAUUCGCAGCGCUCUCUAAGCAGCUCCGGGGAGAUUUCGCCUCGGAUGAGAGAUUAGGAGGAAGAGGAGGAAGAGCGAGCGGCAUAAAAAAGAAACGCUUUAUUUUGGUCCAUCGCGUCUCCUUGGAGGCAGCGGCCCGUCGGUCCUCAGAGGAAGCCGGGGGCUGGAUUUGAAAUGUCGCAGGGAUGUGCUGAAAGCUUGAUGAUGAAAGGAGGAAGGGGAGGAGAGAGGUGGAGUGAGCCCAUCCUGGCCCAGGACAGGUUUUAAUUAGACCCUCGCAAUAGCAGUGACGUCUGUGGUCAAGAGGUGAUGGCAGUGCUGAGUGAGCUUCACCACCACUACUACCCAUUCCUACAGAUGGACACUCCCCUCCUUAACGCCUGAGCCUGCACUGAGCGCUGCCUCCUUCCCCUCCUCUCCUUCUGCCUCCCCUUGCUCAUUUCCCACCUCUCCCUCCACCAUCCUUAUCAAACUGCCACUUGGCCCCUCCCUCUCUCCCAUCUUUCAUCCCACUCCUCCAUCCAUUUCCUCAAGUUUUACUGUCACUAUACUUCUACAAUCAUACUUUAUUAUGGCGUGUUACGGGCGCUCUCUGGACUCCCCGUGUACGCUAGCCUUGCUGGUGGGUUUCCAGUUCGCCUUUGUUCUCUAUUUCUCCCUUGGGGGCUUCAGAGGCCUGGUGUCUGUCCUGGUGCACACCACAGGGCCAGAGUUUGAUUAUUCUCGACCUCAUGACGUCUAUACCAACCUCAGUCAUUUGGGAGUACCGCCUCCCCCGCCUCGCAACUCAGGCACUGGACCCCCUCCCACAGGACCACCACUGAGAGACUGCCAGAUCCCUUCCCCACUGCUGGUCGGACCCGUGUCUGUGCAUCUUUCCUCUCCUCUGUCCAUGGAGGAGAUCAGCCAGAGGAACCCGUUAGUGUUGCCGGGCGGACACUACCGACCUCCUGAUUGUGAGCCACGCCACCACACAGCAAUAGUGGUACCAUACCGGGACCGGCAGAUCCACCUCCGUGCCCUCCUCUAUCACCUCCACCCCUUCCUGCAACGACAGCAGAUCCACUACAGCAUCUAUAUAGUACAGCAGUGGGGCAACAGCACUUUUAAUCGAGCCAAGCUGCUGAACGUUGGGGUGCGCGAGGCCCUCAGAGAUGAAGACUGGAGUUGCAUCUUCCUGCACGAUGUUGACCUGCUGCCCGAGAACGACCACAACACCUAUACUUGCCACAAACAGUUCCCGACACACCUGUCUGUGGCCAUGGACAAGUUCAGAUACAGGCUGCCGUACCCACAGUAUUUUGGUGGGGUGUCUGCAGUCACCCCAGACCAAUAUAUGAAGAUGAACGGCUUCCCUAACCAGUAUUGGGGCUGGGGCGGAGAGGACGAUGACAUCGCUGCGAGAGUGCGUCUAUCUGGCAUGAAGAUCAUGCGCCCUCCAGUGGCCAUUGGUCAUUACAAGAUGAUCAAGCAUAAAGGAGACAGAGGCAAUGAACAAAACCCACGCAGAUUUGACCUUCUGAAAAGGACCAGACUCAACUGGCGCUCUGAUGGCCUCAACUCUCUGACCUAUGAGCUCCUUUCCAGAGAGCUGGAGCCUCUCUACACAAACCUCACCGUUGACAUUGGUGAAGACCCCCGUGUGCCCCCGGGUAAAGCACCCAACCCCGUGAAAACAGCCACCCCUGUCCUCCAACGUAGCACCAGCAAGCUUGGGGGAGCAACCAAACAGGAGAAGAAGCAGGAGAGCAAAGGGGCGAACAUGACUGUGGCUAAGCCGGCAGCUGAAAAGACAGAACCCGCCCAGCUGAAGGCAGCAAAUCAGACAACACAAAGGAAGACAGGUGUGGUGAAAUAGGAUGAGUUGAGUAAUAAAAGGACUGCAUCUCAUCUGUUGCAUAAGUGGCUGCCCCUUCUCGAAAGCAGAGUCAAUCCGUUCUGUUGUGGGACAUAAAGUACACCAGCUUUCUGUGCUCAGUGCAGGUUAGUGAUAGUUAUGCAAUGGAUCCAAUGAACAAGCUCUUUCUGUCUACAGGGGUGCAUUCAGGAACACGCCAGAGUCACCUCUUGGUUUAUCAUCCACUGAAUGUGACUCUGGCUCUCGUUACUGACACAAGUCUGAGGCUCAAGAAGGAGAAUGGUGAACGACUCAGUCGUAUCCACGUAGAGGGCCAAAUCAAACACAAUUAAAAUGAGACAGCAACUUUGUAAAUCUGUGCUCUUUUCCAGAAAUCACAACUCUGAAGCAACCCAUCUGCCAGCAGACCUGCAGCUUUAUCCAGUUUGUUCCCAAAAAAGCUGCUGCUGUCAGUCCACCCCACUCCACGGUGGGGUUGUGUUUCUGUGCCUUCUCUCUUUUAUGCGCAUUUUAUAGCUGCUUUUAGAC